AUGCUGGUUUUCCUUUUCCUGUUGGGCCUGGCUCUGGGUGCUGUGUCUUCUUCAGAUGAGCGUCCAAUGGAGCUUGUGCGUGGCAGCUGUCCCUCAUUCUGGUUCUCCUUCUACGGCCGCUGCUACAAGUACAUCGCCACAAAGAUGACCUGGGCUGAUGCAGAGUUCCACUGUCUGUCCCAGGGAGGCAACCUGGUGUCUAUCCACAGUGGAGGGGAAGAGGAUGUUGUCAAACUCCUGAUCAAAAACGUUGAACUUGCUCAGGGACCAACAUGGAUCGGACUCAGUGACAUCCACAAAGAAGGAAGAUGGAUGUGGUCUGAUGGGUGUGUAGCCAAGUUUUUCUUUUGGAAUAAAGGGGAACCAAACAACCAUAGAGGUGAAGACUGUGUACACAACAACUGGUCAGGGAGGUGGAAUGAUAGGAAGUGUUCAUCAACUUUUCCCUCAGUUUGUGCAUCUCGCACAACUUGUCCUUAUGUUGCCAAGUUCAAAGCAGCCUGUCACUUGAAGCUUCACAAUCUCCAUCAACGGUUCAGUGCAACUUUAACAGACAGAGACGGUGACAUCAUCAUGCUGGUUUUCCUCUUCCUGUUGGGCCUGGCUCUGGGUGCUGUGUCUUCUUCAGAUGAGCGUCCAAUGGAGCUUAAGCGUGGCAGCUGUCCCUCAUUCUGGUUCUCCUUCUACGGCCGCUGCUACAAGUACAUCGCCACAAAGAUGACCUGGGCUGAUGCAGAGUUCCACUGUCUGUCCCAGGGAGGCAACCUGGUGUCUAUCCACAGUAGAGGGGAAGAGGAUUUUGUCAAACUCCUGAUCAAAAACGUUGACCUUGCUCAGGGACCAACAUGGAUCGGACUCAGUGACAUCCACAAAGAAGGAAGAUGGAUGUGGUCUGAUGGGUGUGUAGCCAAGUUUUUCUUUUGGAAUAAAGGGGAACCAAACAACCAUAGAGGUGAAGACUGUGUACACAACAACUGGUCAGGGAGGUGGAAUGAUAGGAAGUGUUCAUCAACUCUUCCCUCAGUUUGUGCAUCUCGCACAACUUGUCCUUAGCAACUGAGAUGUUACGUGUUCACCUGUUUUGUUAACAUGCCUUUGACAACAAUAAAGACACAGAUGUACACUUGUAUAUGUGUGUGAACAGAA